AAACACGUGUAUGUGUUUCACCGUAUGUGAUUAAACUCAUGUAGUCUUCUUCGAGCGUUAUCAACCAAGCUUGUAAGGUGGUCCACGCACCGCAGGCUGUUCCACAAAAAUUUGAAGCAAAGUUAUUGUUCAAUUGACCCCACCCCUGAGAACAGUGGUGAUAUGAAAUCCUUGCCACAAGCCGCUUUUAUCUUUUGUCAAACGCAAAGGCCACAGUCCACUCGUGACAGACUGGGUUGAUAUAAAAGCUCAGCAUAUGGGAGAUGCACCAUCACACAACGCUCCUCAACAGGCUCGAUCCUGUUCAUCACAUUGCAUCGCUCCAUCUACAUUAGUUAUCCGUGACACCAUGCCCUCCCUAUUGGCUGUUUCCCGUGGGCUCUUACUCCUCAGUAUUUAUAUCUGCAACAUCGAAUCAAUUGUGAUUUUAAGGCUGGUAAUUAAUGCGCAUACCGUAGGAGCCUUCGUGGUCCUUGCUGCUGUGUCAAGCGUUUUUGCUCUGCUGGUUUUCCCGGUUACCCUCUGUUACAAGAGGCAAGCAGAAGCAGAGGUUAGUAACACUAGAUACCUCAUUGCCUUUAGCGCUUUGUGCCUUUUAGAUCUCCCAUCUUGUAUCACUCUGCCAUUCCGUGCGCAUCAGAAUAACGCGACAGCCCUUUGUCAAGACUUGUCUCAAUCUGGUGGAUGCACAGUGGCUAAUGUCCUCAUCGGUUGCUACUAUACGUCCGUUAUCCUUGCUAUCAUUGGUUUCGUAAUCACGUACAUCGAUAGACGCUCUGGUAUUCCCAAAGUCUCGCCUCCGUAUCCAAACGCCCAAGCGGCAAGUUCACAUUUCACCUUCCAAUACCCACAAGACGUGGAGUCAAGGAACAUGCCCACUGAGCUUCCAACCGGAAAAGCGAAACAGGCGCACGCAGAUGAGAGGUGGACUGAGAUCCCUCUGUAGACGGGCAUGGUUAGUUUUGUAGUUGUCCUGCGACUGAUGGGGGCAGCUUUGUUUGAUUAUGGU